CUCGGAAUGCCGAUAUCAACCCACGCCUUCACCAACUGAAGAAAGCUCAGUCACCCACUAACUCCCGGCGCCCGCUCGCCCACUCACUCGCUUACACAGACCCCCCACUGAGUCUCUUCCUCUUUUCUUCCGUCAAUCCCCCGUCUGCAGCGCAGCCAUUGGCUCCGACGCACUUGACAGCGUCCAGCAAAUCGGAGGCCAUCGAUUUCGCCUUCAGCCGCAGCGUGCCAUCACUCGACUGCUGAUGGAGGCGAAACUCCACCUCAUUGAUGUCAACAGAUAUCAACACGCUGUCCGACAAAUGGUCAACCUGCAAUCACGAGAGACAUCUUUUGAUCAAUCGCCUGUUCCUUUUGUUGAUUGAGGUUGACGCACCACCGAGUUGAGGGGCGCAAAGUUUGUCUUCCCAUAUGCCUCCCUCCGCUCAUAGAAAUGCUGUAUCCUUCGCAUCAUUCCUCCAGCCCACAGAGAGGCGUUGACGGCCACACCGGGCGGACAGCUUAAGAACAGAGAACAGAACUGUUUGGCCGCCGUUGUGUAGCCUCUGCAAGGACAGGACCGGAGUAAGCGGAUGAAGAAAGGCUCUUUUCAUGUGUGCCUUUCCGUGCUUACUCUGGCCAAAAUUGCAGAGAGACAUCCGGGAUGCCCGCGAUGUGAAAAGAGGGCGACACCAGGGGCUCGCCGCGGCACACGGAUAAUCUUUCUGAGAGGUUGUUGAUGCGCCACUCUGCCUGCAUGGACGCACAUGAGACAUGGAUGGACAAACAAUGGAGGGAGGGUCCGUGGACGUGUCUCACCUUCUUGACAUGUUUGUCUUCCCACCUCCUCAGCUCCUUUUGCAGGUUGUGGCUGAUCUGCUGGUCCGUGACGCACUCGACCUCCAGCCCACCACAACACACAGCCUCCUCCCUCUCUCUCUCGCUGUCGGCAGUCGAUGGAUCAGACAGGGGCAGCGGGGCGGCAGGCCCAUCGAGAGACGACGUGCUGCUGACGUCCAGGAUCUCAACAGUGACGUACAUGCCCCUCAAUAAGUGGCCGAAUACCCCUCUCAGCUCCUCUUUCCCUUUCCCAUUCUCAGAGGUAACCAGCAGCUUCUCAGCCGCGGCCUUCUGGAACCGUUGCAUUGGUGGAAAGUCCCAGAGGCUGUCGCCCCCCGCCCGCCCUCGGUGUCUUAGCUGCGGCCCGUGCAAUUCGGUCCAUGUGGCACUGUCGAAGGGCCACCCAUGUCCGCCCUCACCCUCAUCAGCACACGGCACGAACGCCCGCUCUUCUUGCUGCGGCGGGGGCAGGCAUGUGAUUGACCGGGAGUGGAGUGCGGCUGUGGCGGCCGCCCGCUGCAUGUUGGCGUCUGGGUGUAAGUGAAAGCGGCUGGCGAAGGUGUGGGUGACGGGUGGAGAGGACGCGAUGCUGCCCAUUGCGCUUGCGGCGAGGUCUGGGUUAUCGGGGGCUUGUGAGCCGAGACCGAUGCGGAAGUGGACGUGGAUGCCUGCAGGGGCCCACAGGUAGAUGGAUAUCUCACCGGCCGCCCCGGCUAUGCUGCCCUUUGACGGUCUCCCCUUUGUCGACGACCUGUGGGCAGGAGACGGGAGAAGUAAAACUCGGACUGAGCCUUUCCCCUCCCUCCCUCACCCACCCCUGCGACUGAGCCUUGCUGGUGCGGAGGCUGGUGCUUUUGGCGACACCCGCCUGCAGUGGGGCCGGCGGCACAGCUAGCACAACCACAGGCUGAGACACAUCUGCUCUCUGGUUUGGGUCUGCAGCAACGGCAGCAGUAGAUGUGCCGGCGUCGGCAUUUGCAUCCGUACGAGGAGCAUCCUCUAUCGAUGGCUGCAUUGCCGGCGGCUCCUCACUCUUGGCUGGUCUGGGCGUGAUGGCCAUCUGCAGCUGCAGAUACGGAAUCUGCACACAUGGACAAGAUAUGGAAGAGAAGACAGGUAUGAUUGAAAUGACAUCCAUCCAUCCACCCGUCCGUGCAGUCUACCCCUGCAGCCGCGAAGGACGGCGAAAAAAGAACAAGGGGAAGCUCUGUGGUCUCAGUAAGGUUCGUGGGCAGCCUCCACAAGACUUUGCGAACAGACAUCGACUCGCACGUGUCAAUUCGCAAUAUGUUAUCUUCCAGGAUGGCGGUAAAGCGUGUAGCCGUCGCAUAAUGCGCCGCAGCGAGCCUGUGCAGGUGUUGCGCCAUGUCGUCACGGAUACUCGCAGAGCUCUGCUCCAUCUGGGAGUGCAGCACCCUCUCCGUCUCCCUCAGCUUGGCCGUCUGGCUCCUGAUCUCAUGUAUCGACUCCUUCUUGUGUGUCUCGAGCUCGCCCCUGAUCUGCGUCUGGAUGUUGCUGAGCUCGUCGCCCUUUGAGUCGAGAUCGUCGCGGAUGGCCGAUGUGGCUGAUUUGAGUGCUGUCUCGAGGUUGUUGGCCGUCGAGGUGAGAGCCCUCUGCAGUCCGCCCACUUUGGACCUGUCAAGAUCGUCGAUGCGGGAGAUGAGGUCGGUCUCCAGCUCGUCGAUCCGCUCUGUGACCUCCUUUAAUCGCUCAUCCGUAUGGGUCUCGAGGGAUGACACACGAUCAUUGACGGCCUGCACUCAUUCAUUCAUUCACACAAUCCACAGACACAAAUCGACGAGGGUUGACAUGAGGGAAAGAUAGUGAGUGAGCCUUGCUCAGCCACCUUCGAUUCGUUGGAAAUGCGGUCAUUUUGGUCCGUCUGAUGCGCGGUGAUGAAAUGCACAACAAAUGACCAGUGCAUUGCAAGCACUUUCCUCAGUACCCACCCACCACUUUGCCCGACAGUGACUGGAGCUGCUGCAUGAGGGUCUCAGCCAUGGCUGCACUCGCCUGGUUUUGCUUCUCCAGAGCCUCCACAUGUGCUGUCAGAUCCUCCACUGACUUCUCCAGCACUGAACAGAAGAGAGGCCAAAACACACUAAAAUGGUGGUCCCCUCACCGUGUUCUGUGCAUGUUUGCAUCCCCUCACCGUUGUUCCUGCUCUGAAGCUCUUCGAUUUGGUCGAGAGCCGCCGUGAGCUUGGGGUUUGGCUCUGUGGGGGGGCUCCUCGGGUCAGGAUCAGGGGCAACAGAACGCCUGCUCUUCAUCUCU